AUGUUGGUAGGAUUUCUCCUAGUUUGUGCAACCGUGCUGGCAAAGGACAGCGGGAAGACCGCGUGCGAGCAGAAGACGGGCGUCUGCGACGGCUCCUUGACCACCGCGGGCUGCGCGACCUGCACCCCGGCGGGCUCCAGCCAGACGUGCCUCACCUGCACCACUUCGUCGCAUAAGAUCAGGCCGGACGAGAAGGGCUGCAUCUCCGAGUGCCCCGCGGACGUGAGCACAGACGUCGAUGGAUUCUGCAAGUGCAAGAGCGGGUACACGCCGUCGACGAACGGGCAGACGUGCGAGCAGAAGACGGGCGUCUGCGACGGCUCCUUGACCACCGCGGGCUGCGCGACCUGCACCCCGGCGGGCUCCAGCCAGACGUGCCUCACCUGCACCACUUCGUCGCAUAAGAUCAGGCCGGACGAGAAGGGCUGCAUCUCCGAGUGCCCCGCGGACGUGAGCACAGACGUCGAUGGAUUCUGCAAGUGCAAGAGCGGGUACACGCCGUCGACGAACGGGCAGACGUGCGAGCAGAAGACGGGCGUCUGCGACGGCUCCUUGACCACCGCGGGCUGCGCGACCUGCACCCCGGCGGGCUCCAGCCAGACGUGCCUCACCUGCACCACUUCGUCGCAUAAGAUCAGGCCGGACGAGAAGGGCUGCAUCUCCGAGUGCCCCGCGGACGUGAGCACAGACGUCGAUGGAUUCUGCAAGUGCAAGAGCGGGUACACGCCGUCGACGAACGGGCAGACGUGCGAGCAGAAGACGGGCGUCUGCGACGGCUCCUUGACCACCGCGGGCUGCGCGACCUGCACCCCGGCGGGCUCCAGCCAGACGUGCCUCACCUGCACCACUUCGUCGCAUAAGAUCAGGCCGGACGAGAAGGGCUGCAUCUCCGAGUGCCCCGCGGACGUGAGCACAGACGUCGAUGGAUUCUGCAAGUGCAAGAGCGGGUACACGCCGUCGACGAACGGGCAGACGUGCGAGCAGAAGACGGGCGUCUGCGACGGCUCCUUGACCACCGCGGGCUGCGCGACCUGCACCCCGGCGGGCUCCAGCCAGACGUGCCUCACCUGCACCACUUCGUCGCAUAAGAUCAGGCCGGACGAGAAGGGCUGCAUCUCCGAGUGCCCCGCGGACGUGAGCACAGACGUCGAUGGAUUCUGCAAGUGCAAGAGCGGGUACACGCCGUCGACGAACGGGCAGACGUGCGAGCAGAAGACGGGCGUCUGCGACGGCUCCUUGACCACCGCGGGCUGCGCGACCUGCACCCCGGCGGGCUCCAGCCAGACGUGCCUCACCUGCACCACUUCGUCGCAUAAGAUCAGGCCGGACGAGAAGGGCUGCAUCUCCGAGUGCCCCGCGGACGUGAGCACAGACGUCGAUGGAUUCUGCAAGUGCAAGAGCGGGUACACGCCGUCGACGAACGGGCAGACGUGCGAGCAGAAGACGGGCGUCUGCGACGGCUCCUUGACCACCGCGGGCUGCGCGACCUGCACCCCGGCGGGCUCCAGCCAGACGUGCCUCACCUGCACCACUUCGUCGCAUAAGAUCAGGCCGGACGAGAAGGGCUGCAUCUCCGAGUGCCCCGCGGACGUGAGCACAGACGUCGAUGGAUUCUGCAAGUGCAAGAGCGGGUACACGCCGUCGACGAACGGGCAGACGUGCGAGCCUUCUAAUACCAAUAAGAGCGGCGGCCUUUCUACCGGUGCCAUUGCAGGCAUCGCUGUGGCCGCUAUCAUCGUUGUUGGUGGCCUCGUCGGCUUCCUCUGCUGGUGGUUCUUGUGUAGGGGGAAGGCAUAG